AAGAAAGCUGAGUGAUUUUUCUCAUUCAUUUUCUCAAUCCUUUCCAACGUUGCAGAUCAACUCCUAAAGAGACACCAGCAUGCUCCUGGUGCUCUUCUUGUUGGGUCUGGCUCUGGGUGCCGUGUGUCCUUCUGAAGAGCCUCCACUUCAACUCCAGCGGGGCAACUGUCCCAUCUUCUGGUACAGCUUCCAGGGCCGCUGCUACAAGUACUUUGCCACGCGUGUGACCUGGGCCGAUGCAGAGAUCCAUUGUGUGUCACUUGGAACCAACCUGGUGUCAAUCCACAGUCAAGAAGAACAGUCGUUUGUUGAAUACCUGAUCAAGAACUUUGACCCUGCUGAGGGAUACACCUGGUUUGGACUGAGUGACACUCAGAAAGAAGGCGCAUGGAUGUGGUCUGAUGGAUCGAGAGUCGACUUCACCUUUUGGGGCCAUGGACAGCCAGACAACACCGGUGGAAAGGAGCACUGUGUCCAAACCAACUCGAGCCACGUUCAGCGAUGGAACGACUACGCCUGCUCUACUCUUUUGUCGUUUGUUUGUGCGUCUCGUCCAAGCUCUCCUUAGGAACUGAGGUGUUCAACAUGUCUGAUUGAACCUGGUCACAGUUCACUUGUUGUUCUGUUGACAUUCAUUUUGGCCUCUACAAUAAAGUCAUGAAUGCU